AGGAUAUAAAAAUGUGUUUGCAUCAUUUCUUUUGCAUUGAACACUCGUUAAAUGCUUAUUGGUGCAAGAUUUUUACUUAGAAGAUUACGUUUCAGUUAUAACCAUAGAUAUUUGUUUGUGCUUUAUUUGUUUACACUUUUUAAGAAGCCGUUGCCAACCAAAUUAUACACUUUUCUAUGAAUGUUCAGUACUCUUUAAUUAUAUUUUUUAAAAAUACGAUUGAAAUCAGAAUAUAAUCAAAAUGAGAACUGUUCCGAAGUGGGUAAAUAAAAUUCAUGAAGCUGAUAAAAUUGAGUUUUCGAGUGUACACGCAAUAUGCUUCAGUCCAGAUGGCACUCAAUUAGUAGUAGGUGCUGGAGAAAAGGUCAUGGUUUAUGACCCAAGAGAUGGUUCACUGUUACAACUUCUGCAGGCCCAUAAAGGAAUGGUUCAUACUGUAGCUUAUUGCAGUGAUGGCAAAAAGUUUGCUAGUGGUAGUGCAGACAAAAAUGUAAUCAUAUGGACAUCUAAAAUGGAAGGUGUUCUUAAAUAUUCACACAGUGAAGCAAUCCAAUGUGUAGCAUAUAAUCCGGUCACUUAUCACUUAGCUUCAUGCGCACUCUCUGAUUUUGCAUUCUGGUCAGCCGAUGUCAAAGCUGUUCAGAAAUAUCGAGUGGCAGGUCGGAUUACUAGUUGUGCUUGGGCAGCAACAGGUCAAUACCUAGCUAUUGGACUUGCUAGUGGCAUAGUUUCAAUUCGCAAUAAGGUUGGUGAUGAAAUUACCAGAAUAACAAGAGAUGCUGCAGUGUGGGCUGUAGCAUUCUAUAAGAACACAUUAUUGGUUACAGACUGGAAUGAUACCCUAUCAUUUUAUGAUAUGAUGGGACAACCUCUUUUGAAAGAAAGAAAUAUAGAAAUUUCGGCUGUUUCAAUGACAAUUUUGGGUGCCUUGAUAUUAGUUGGUGGCUUGGGGGGUUGGGCCAUACUUACCUCAGAAGGAGUAUCAAUAUUAAAUACAUCACUGGACUGGGUAUGGUCUAUUGCACCAUCACCAAUUACAAACACUAUGGCAGUUGCAUGUCAAGACGGAACUCUCUGGUGUUACCAAGUUGUCUUCAACACAGUUCAUGGGCUAUUUCGAGAGAGAUAUGCUUAUAGAGAAAAUAUGACAGAUGUUAUUAUACAGCACCUAACAACGGGCAAUAAGGUUCGGAUUAAAUGUCAUGAUAGAGUGCAAAAGAUUGCUAUUUACAAACAUCGUUUGGCGGUUCAACUCCCCGAAAGGGUAGUGGUUUAUGAACAAGGUGAUCCUGAGGGCAUGUUAUAUCGCGUCAAGGAGAAGUUGGUUCAGAAAUCUGAAUGUUCGUUGUUGGUAGCCACCAGCGAAUCCCUGUUACUAUGUCAGGACACAAAACUGGUAAUGAUCGGUUUGAAGAUACCAAAAUCAUGGACCGUCCCAUCACCGAUACGUUACGUCAAAGUUACUAGUUUAUACUUUGAAGAAGUAUUACUCUUAGGAUUGCUUAAUGGACAGAUAUGGCAGGUGGAGCCUAACAAAGGUACGGCUAGGAUGGUUGUGCAGACUGCGGGUAGUGUCCGUUGUUUGGACGUGAGCGCCUCACGUGGCCGGCUAGCUGUCGUGGAUGAGAACUCAGUCUGCCGCGUGUACAGCCUCCCAGCUGGGGAUCUCCAAUAUACGGAGGAGAACGUGUCAUCAGCUUCGUGGAAUUCAUGGUGCGAGGAACUUCUCUGUCUCUCUGGUAACGGCUUGUUGUCAAUCAAGGCGGGACAAUUUCCACCAGCAACACAACCACUGGCCGGCUCCGUUGUCGGCUUCCAGGGUGGUCGUGUUUUUUGUCUGCAAGCCAAUUUGAUGCAGACUAUCAAUGUUCCUCUAUCUCACGCUGUCCAUCAGUACGUACAACAAAAGAUGUUCAACGAAGCGUAUGCAGUCGCUUGUAUGGGAGUGACAGCAUUGGACUGGGAGCGUCUUGGAACCGCUGCCUUAGAAGAGCUCUCCUUCGAAGUGGCUCGCAAGGCCUUCCAGAGGAGCGAGAAUAUUGUCUUAUUAUCGCUCAUUGAUCACUUACAGGAACGCUUGGAGAGCGGUGAGAAGAGGCAGGUUAUAAUAGGCGAGGUGUUGGCUUACCGCGGACGAUACAACGAGGCGGCGAGGGCGUUCCAAACAGCUGCGAGGAAUGACAAGGCACUGGCGCUCUAUCUAGACCUUCGCAUGUUUAAUAAGGCACAAGAAUAUGUAGGCGAGGGCGAGGGUGUGACCAAACUAGCACGUCAAAGGGCGGAGUGGGCUCGAAGAGUCAAUGAACCCAGAGCAGCGGCGGAGAUGUACCUCGCGGCAGGAGAUGUGCGCAGUGCUGCCACCAUACUAGCAGAGAGCGGCCGACGGGAUAUGCUAAUAGAACUAGCUCGCAAAAUGGACAAAGGUUCCAGUGAAUCUUUACGUCAUCUGGCAGAGGCGCUCGUAACUGCUGGUGAAUACCCCACAGCUGGAGAUGUCUAUCACCGACUAGGAGAUUACAAGAAAAUGGCUCAGUUAGCUGUGACAGCUGGCGAUUGGGUACGUGCGUUCUCUUUGGCACGCGAGCACGAGGAAUGCAGGCGUGAUGUUUAUCUGCCUCAUGCGCACCGUAUGGCCAGAGAGAACAAAUUUGUUGAAGCCCAAAAAGCAUAUCAUAUGGCGGGUGAAACAGAAACAGCUAUGCGUGUUUUCAGUAUUCUUGUAAAUAAUGCUGUGGCAGAGGAAAGAUUCAAUGAUGCCGGAUACUUACAUUACUUGCUAGCAACACAGUGCUUAGAAUCAGCAACUGCAGCACAGAACAGGGAUAGAGCUACAUUGCUGCAUCAGUACGCUCACAACGAGCGUCUGUCCCGUGUGUAUAACGCAUACGACUCGGUACAUCAUUGUGUUCACGAGCCCUUUUCGUUGUCUCAACCGGACGUCCUAUUGAACGCCGCCAGGUACGUCCUCGCACUCUUGGAGGAAGCCCCGCCCGGACUCUCCAUGUUUUGUUUAUACUUAUGCUUGGCGAAACAAGCUAAAGUGCUCAAUGCAAACACGCUGGCUCGUCAGAUGCUCAAUAAGAUACACGGUCUUCAAGUGCCACCCAAGUUUCAGGAAGGAGUCGAGUUACUAAUGCUGAACAGCGGAGCUAGUAGCUCGUCUGAAUCAGAAGACAUUUUGCCACUAUGUUGGCGGUGUCGUAGCCACGUGCCAGCGCUGGCUACCACUUGUCCAAGAUGCAGACAUGUGUUGGCCCAUUCGCUGGCAACUCACGAGGUGCUGCCGCUAGUUCAGUUCGAGCCGGCUGAAGGAAUCACGUUUGAAGAGGCGAUGGAUCUUAUAGAACGCACUCCGAUACCGGAGAUUGAAGGAGCUAAUGAAGGCGCUGACAUACUUAAGAUAGAUAACGACAUAGACUACGCUGAUCCGUUCCUUGAUAAGGUCGAUGAGGAGGACAAAGGCGUAGUAGUUUGCAGUCGUUUAGCUCUACUGAGAUUGAAUCCAGCCAGUCUAGUGAUAGUGAACCGUCCCCCUCUUAAACCAGUCUUUUACCGUAACAUGUUGCCCGAACUGCCAGUCACCACCUGCCCAGCCUGCUAUAAUCUAUUCUACAUGGAAGAUUACGAGGUCCAAAUCAUCUCCAAGGGGCACUGUCCCUUUUGUAGACACAGUGCUGAAGUUGCAUCAAAUGAAGACGGUAUAAACGACUCGAUAUUUAACGAUUCGGGAACGUCUAGCCCUAACAGUGCCAGCAAUGAGCAAUCAUCAUGGCACUAGUUAUGGUAGGUAUUUCAUUUGAAGAAAUUGUGUUUAAUAAGCCACGUAAAGUGACCAUUUCAUUCGCCACAAUAACAUUUUUAAUAAAAGUCGUCACAUCCUUGAUCUAAUAUUUAUAUUCAUUAGGUGUCUUUCAACUCAUUACAAUGUACGUAUAAUGUGUUAGAGACCGGUAUUAUAACGAACACAUAAAAAAAAUUAUUCCCUAAAAUUAAACAUCCCACUAUUUACGGCGAAGGCUUUCUGUCUCGUAAUCAAUAACGAUCUAAAAAAUAACCCCAAAACUGUUUAUUUAUAGUUCACUGCGGCGCGAUGUAACUGACCACCUGUCACUACGGCCCAAUCGUUUUUACUUCCUAUACAGUUUUAGAUAUUUAGUAAGAUAGGGUAACUUUAAUUUAAAUAUAUUAUAAUCGCAGCACUAUAUAUGUCUUCUGUAAUUUUACACAUAUGUUACAAAUAGUAGCCAAAGUGCUGUUUCGGCAAUCAAGCUGCCUGAAUAAAAAUAUAUCAAAAUUAACUCAAAAAAGUUAACGUACGUUUUAUAGGUGUAAAGCUACAGCUAUCACAAGCCCUCAAAUAUAAUAACGUUUGUAGAACAUAAUUAAAGAGCAAAUUAUAAUCGUAAUAAAAAAAUAUUUCCAUUGUAUAACGACAUCAGAUCAAACAACGAAUUUUUGUUAAGAUAUGUACUUUAUUUUAUAGUUAAGUAAAAAAAAAUUAUGCUUGCUACCAAACGAAACGGAAAUAUUUAACAAAUAACUAGCUCAAGCAAAUACUAGAAAUAGGUUCACAAACAAACUAUUUUGUUAGUUUUUGUCUUAUGUCACUUUAAAUAUUAAGCUAAAUUAUACUAUUACACCUUCUAUCUGAUGUCUGAAUUGACUUGAAAUAUAAAUUUUAAUGUAAACAAUAUAAUAAAAAUGCGCAUUGUUGUGUAUGGCUCUUCGUUUUUCUUUAUUUUUAUUAACGGUCAUAAUUAAUGGGCACUCCUAGUGAGAAUUUAACUGAUUUUUGUUUCUUAAAAAGUGAUUUUGAUGCAACUAAUUUUACUUGCCGAGAGAGUGUUUGUAUUACUCCAAACAAAAAUUGCCCGACUAAUUAUGCAUACAAUCAUUGCAUUUCCUUAAAAAUCCAACCAACUUAUGUAUAUAAAAUAAAUAUAAUGUAGCCUUCAUUACGUGACGUAAUAAUCAGAUUAUAUUGUCUUUUCAACGAUACGUCGGCAGAUGGUCGCACAUUCGACUCGAUUACAACAGCUGUCUCGGCUGCUUAGGAUGAUUGCUUAAAUAAAACUAGAGAAAUCUGUGCCUUUAAUAUUAUCUUAAUAUAAUAUAAUAUGAUUUCUAAAUAUGAAAUGUUAUUGUAAGUUAUACAUUUUUCAUAAAAAUAUUACCAUGUUUCAAAUCUAAAAACGGAUCGUCUAUUUUUAAAUAAUCUUUUAAUACUGUAUAAAUCUUGAAUGAAGUUAGUGAUUAAGUAAAAUACAAAAAUGUUCAUGUUAAAGGUUUUUUUUUACAUUUUAUGAUUUGUACAUAUUGAAAAUUGUAAUUUAAGUAAUUCGAUUUAAUUCUAAUUAAUAAUAUUGUAACACUUGUGAUAUGAACCACCGUCCUUAUAAAUAAAAA